UUAAAUUCAGAUUCCAGAUAACUGCUGGAGAAGAGAGAAGUGGGAACGGGAGAGGGAGGAAGAUGAAAUAACAAAGAUAAUGAUAAUGAAUACUAGAAUUGUCGGGUAGCCCAUAUUUAUCUUCCGAAAUAUCAAAUGGAAUUAGCCCAAUUGUCCCGCUUUUUCAUUAAAAUUAAGAUUCAAAGCCCAUUGAAGGCUUUCAGAGCGCGGUGUUCUUGCUACCUGAGUUGGUGGGAUUAUACGUGCGGUUAAGUGCUCGGCUUUCACUCCUCUCCCUAGCCACGUUCGGUAGAGAAGAGGGGAGAAUACCGUGGGAGAAGACAGCCGAACAUCCCGAGGCUGUGGCGACGCCGGGGUUCCUUCUAACUUGGCUCCCGAGCAGGUUGCUAUAAAUCUCUCCUUGGAUCAAGAGUACAACCACAAUGGCAAUGGCUACCUGAGGUGAAUCCUGGUGGAAUGAGGGUCGAGCUGCUGCAGAGAAACUGUCUCAGACUUGCUGCUUCUUACCCCUGAUCUCCCCUCCCCACCCCCGAGUGAUCUAAACAAGCUUUAUUUGUAUGAAAGGAAGGGGGUAGGCAAUGGGAGGGUAGUUUGGGCAAAGAGGGUGAUGGAGAUGAGUCCAGGGGUAUGAACUCCACAGGAUAGAAAAGAUGCCCACGAGAAUGCUGUGUCUGCCAUUCAAAGGGAAACUGAGACACGUGUCCAUUCAUCUGCUUUCAAUCCAUCUCUACGCUCUUUAUUUACCAGAUAAACUUCCUCAGUCAGUAGUCCGCCUCAGGGUUUCCGAAGAAUUUAAACAGGGAACAGAUUUCAGGAAACUUUGCUAAGACAGCCGACGAGUGGAAUAUAAAAUUACAGCCUGCUCAACCAAUCACUAUCUCAGUGGAUAGAAAUGUGGCCAACUGGAUAACCUUCUCCAGGCGGACCAUUGUUGGGGGUGGCUGAGGGGUGAAGGCAAGAUAAGGUGAGGAAGGAUUUGGGUCAGGUCUGUCCCUUACUGAUGGAGGGGUACAAUUAACCACCUCCAGGCACAUUGGGUUAGGUGGGUUAAAGUGUGUGAUGAGUGGAGACAGGUUAUGGUGAGGAAGGAUUUGGGUCAGGUCUGUCCCUUACUGAUGGAGGGAUAUAAUUAGCUUCCUGAGUUUGACGACAGUAAUACUGAUGCUGUAAGCGAUUGGCCUGGAGGUUUACGAAGCUCAUUUAGCAACUCUCUCCCGACACUGAAAGGUUUAUGAAGCUCGUUUGGUGACUCUCUACCAACACUGAAAGGAGACACAAAACAGAUGAAGCACAAGGUUGGGAGAAAGUCGAUGCAGAGCACCAGGACAAACGCAUGGCUGUGCUAGCCCUGGAUUACAAAAUAUUUUGUACACUUUCUCUGUUUGGAAAGCUUGUCUGAAAGAUCUGUAUUUUUACACGUCGCUGCCCUGACGUUACGACGCACUAAAGGAAAGUUAUGUGUUGGGAAUGGCCAGACUAGCGAUCAAGAUACAUCGCUGCUUCCACAGGAAGCCAUUACGAUUCUUCACCUUCAUUACGGUUUACCUCAUGGCUGGAAGUCUACUGUUCCUGCACACAGGCUUUGUAGGAGACAGCACCGUCGCUGGGAGGGCCUCACCCCACAGAGAGGGGGCACCUCACACAGCCUUGGGUUCUCCUUCUGGCCUCCAGCGUUUCUCCUUCCUGCCCUUCCGGAGGGCAAAUCAGGAGGCGCCUCAGAAGGAGCAGUGGCCGGCCCUGCCUCCAACCCUGCCCAGAAGGUAUGGACCUCCGUGGCUGAAACCAGUCUUGCAGGACGCCCUGGACAAGCUGAGAUCCGGGGAGCCCAUCGGCAGCUGGAGUCGAGCGUUGAAGGGGAAGAUGUGGAGGGAUCAGGAGGAGAACAGAGCAAAAUAUAUCGGAUGUUAUCUCGACAGCAACAAGCAGAGGGCAUUAAGGGGAACAGCGUUCUUUGACUACAGAAAGAUGACCAUAUUUCGUUGCCAGGACAACUGUGCCGAAAGGGGCUAUCAGUACGCGGGCCUGGAGUUUGGAGCUGAAUGUUACUGUGGACACAGGAUACAGACCCAGAACACCAGUGAGUCCGAGUGCAACAUGGAGUGUAAGGGGGAAAAGAGCAGUACGUGCGGAGGCCCGAACCGGCUGUCUGUCUACCGACUGGAGCUGACCAACGAGUCCGCCAGACGCUAUGGCAGUGCCUUGUUCCGAGGAUGUUUCAAAAGACCAGCCAAUGUUUCCCUCGCCCUGCCCACCAGCACCGUCCUGCAGAACAUGUCCGUGGAUAAAUGUGUGGACCACUGCACUGAGAAGGAAUACACCCUGGCUGUGCUGGGUGGCGUAACGUGUCACUGUGGCUUUCCUACCACGCAUUUCACGCUGCAUGCCCCCGAGGACGAGCACCUGUGUGCCCAGAAAUGCGCGGGUGAAGAAUACGAGCACUGCGGGAGUGCGGAGUACUACGUCGUUUAUCAGACCCAAGUGCAAGAUAACCGUUGCAUGGAUCGCCGGUUCCUGCCUGCACGCUCGAAACGCCUUGUGGCCCUGGCCAGCUUCCCGGGGGCGGGGAACACGUGGGGCCGUCACUUGAUGGAGCUCACCACCGGCUACUACACGGGCAGCUAUUACUUCGAUGGCUCUCUCUACAACAAAGGUUUCAAGGGAGAGCGGGACCACUGGAAAAGUGGGCGGCUGAUUUGUAUAAAGACACACGAGAGCGGCAGGAAGGAAAUCGAAUCAUUCGACGCCGCAAUCCUCCUUAUCCGGAAUCCUUACAAAGCACUGAUGGCCGAAUUUAACCGCAAAUACGGAGGUCACAUUGGGUUUGCCUCCGAGGCCCACUGGAGGGGGAAAGAAUGGCCUGAGUUCGUGAAGAACUACGCACCUUGGUGGGCAUCCCACACUCUCGACUGGUUAAAGUACGGCAAGGAAGUCCUUGUGGUCCACUAUGAAGAUCUGAAGCACGAUCUCUUCAACCAGCUGAAAAAGAUGGUGUUCAUCCUGGGCCUCAGUGUCUCCGACGACAGGCUGCUCUGUGUGGAGAGCCAGAAGGAUGGAAACUUCAAACGCUCUGGCCUCAGGAAACUGGAAUAUGAUCCCUACACUCCAGAGAUGAGGAAAAUGAUUGAUGCUUUCGUCAAGACUGUAGACGUGGCCCUCAAACUGAGAAACCUAACUGGUGUUCCCGAGGAUUACGCCCCCAGAUGAUUUUGUUGAAUCUCUUACCGACAACUGGUCCACCAAAGCGAUGUGGAACACUUCUGCUGGUGACAGUAUGAAGAUAUUUUCUUCCUCAAUUGCCAAUAGUGGAAGAUGUGACAAGCCAUCAGCAUUGCUGUGUUGUUUGUUGUCCUUGAACUCUGUCAUAAGAGUGGGCUCCUAGGAAAAGUGCCCAAAGUUAUAACUAAUUAGCAGUCAUCACUGAAAUUCUCUUCCUGGGAUUGAAAAUGGACACAAGAGGCUGGUGAUCUGUUACUAGUGGUGGAACUUCUUUAUUCUCCAUUCUAGAAUAAGGGCCUACAUUGCAACGAGAGUGAGAAAAAUGUACAUGCAUAGACAACAGAUUAAUUCAUAGUGCUAAGGAACAGUGCAGAGAAAUUGAACCAGGGCCACUAGAGCUGUAAUAAUUACGCCAACUGCUGCUCCGAUGUGCCGCCUCUAAUCCCUUGUUUGGAUGAGAUGAAACAAGGGUAUCGAGUACCAUGGUGAUCAUUUCUGAUGGUUAUUGUCCCCACUCAUUUGCCAGUAUCCCAAGAAUUAAUCCUCGGUGAAGGGAAUGCAAGGUGGGGAGGAGGUGAUGUGGCUGCUGAUGUGAUCUUGUGGCAGCUGGUGAAAAUUUCAAAGGAUGAAAUGUUGGGUAAAGAGGCUCACAAGGUGGAAGGUGAAGACCAGGGAAACUGCUCAAUCUGCUGCGAGGUGGGGUGAGAGUCAAAAUACAGAAACAGAGGAGAUGUGAGAGUGGACUCCAUCAACCACCACAGAAAAGAAGCCACAUUUCCUGACAAAGGACAUUUCAGAUGACCUGGAAAGAAAAGUCCCAUACUGAGAGCAGAUUUUGCAGAGAAUGUGAAAUUGAGAGAAAGGGAUGUUAUCCUUACAAGAGACAUAGUGGGAAGAGGUGUGAGAGUCAAUGAGUUUGUAGUGGAGCUUGUCUCCUGAGAUGGAGACAGAGAGCGUGGGAAGAAGUUCAGUCUAAGAGGCUGUGAGAGUCGGUGUUUAUAGUAAAUAUCAAUGGAGAGCUUGUCUCCCAAAAUGGAGACAGAGAGUCACAGAGUCAUAAAGCACAAAGAUCAGGUACCUUUCCAUCAGAGAUCAGGAAGAGGGAGAGAAGUGUCAGAAAUGGUCCACAAGAACUAAUGGAAGCUAGUGGUGAAGGUGAUAAAAUUGAUAAAUUUUACACUGGUACAGAAGUCAGCCAUCAGUACAGUGAUCAAUGUAGGAAAUUGCUCAUAAUGUAAAGGUUUUUUGGAAAUGACAUGUUCCCACCACUUCUUGAAAAUAUAUCGAAUGUUAAACCCCAGCCCAGUCUGCUUUCAUCAAUUAAGUGUGAUAUUCUCAAAAGCGGCAGGAUUUCACUGUGUCAGAUUUGCUGUAUUCUUGAUGCUGUUACACACAGGUUAUGGCGUGAUCUUGGUGGGAUGGCCAGGGAAAAUUAAGACCUUUUAUGUUAGAAACCAUCUCUACACAGUAAAUACAAGAUAUAUAAAAAAAACACGACAGCACACAGGAGUUCAAUUUCAGAGUAAUGCUAGUCUUGUUCAUCAGUAAAAUUCCUUUGUCAAAGAAGUGAGUCUUUCCCAGAAUUCACCACUGUUGUCAAGGGCAACUGGAAAGAGGAAUGGUAUUUCCUGAGGAAUUGGUGAUCAAAGUAAAGAGAAACUUGAAUCUUGUUUAUAACUAAUAAUUCUAGUUUCCAUGGGUAGCAAGGUAGUGGAACUAGAAAUUUUGAUUAAAAGUAAUCAAUAUAUCGAGUAGGUCUGGCCAACAGAAAACAUCCAAUUUGGACAAAAGGACUGUGGGUUUGGAAGGUGUUGCCAAUGAAGUGUAGAAUAAUAAUUCCUCUGCUUGUUGCUUGUAGCGAUUGCUUGGAGACAUUCAUGAUGGUUAUUUUGCUGACAAUAUUCCUGGAACUGUGAAUGUGCUGGAUAAGAAGGUGGUAAUCAGAGAUAUCCCAAUCUCUCUUAUAACUGCUUUGACUCAAGGGUGUGGGGGACCCUAUGUUUGUGUUCUCAGACACAAGCACACCUUCAAUUUUAUAGACUUUGCAUGUCAAAGUCAAAGCCAGGUUUAUUGUUACAAGCACAAGGCCAUGUAUGAACAAUGAAAAACUUGCCACAACAUCAGAUUCAAGCUGAAUUGUCACUCAACCAUCCAUGAAUGCUGGUGAAUAUCACCAAAGGAGACCAGAUCAAGGUGCUAAACACGUUGCCAAGUCACACACAAGAACACACACUCAGAAUAAGAGCACCAAUGUCCUCCCCCCACCCCCCCCGCGACAUGAUGCCCAGUCCUCACACAUACAUCAACACAGAAUAUCAGUAAAAUACAACGAGGCAGAAUGAGCAUGUAUAUCGUGCAGACCAGCUCACCAAGAUCAUCUGACCACCCGCCCAGUGACAUGGCCCAGUUCUCACCCCGACGCCUGACUCCGCUUGGUGAAUCUGCGGAUUUGAGGCACAGUCCUCACAUAUACAAGCACAUAUAGAAUAUUAGUCAAAAUACAACGCAAAGUAUGUAUAUAGUCCAGAUCUCCCAGCCCACCAAUUUAAUAUGUCGACCCACCCCAACACCAGACGCCCAGUGGGCGACACCAUGGCUUAAAGGCCCAAUCCUCGCAUAUACAGGUUCAUAAAGAAUAUCAGUAAAACACACCCAGAAAACAUAGUCCAGGCCCCUCAGUCCAAUUUCAAUCUUCAGUCGACCACAACUGCGCUAUGUCGUCCCCGGUCGAGCACGACAGCUGGGACGCCUCCUCCCGCAGCGGCUGAAAAGCAAGCGACCCGCAGCUUGAGGCCUGAGUCUAUUGGUGCCGCCAAAAUAAAAUCUGUAGUCGGCCACAACAGAGCUCGUCUUCUUCCGAGAGAAACCAAACCCUGGGAAGGCAGCUCCGACUCUGUUCUGGAUGCUGCCCCUGGUGAAGUCUGCUCACUGCAGUGGCUGCAAACAGCUGACACCGUGGUUCCAGGCCUAGUCCCCGCUGUGAGCCGAGGCCAGAGAGAGAGAGAGAGAAAGCUUCCCCCACUCCCGCCACCAUCCACACCCUCUCUCAUCCAAUAAGUCAGAGAAUCAAACUCACGGCUUUCCAGAUUAACAACGUCCAAAGGGGUCUUGAGAUCAUGAGAGAAACGACCGUGAUGGCCACUCGCUGUUUGUAAACAGCAUUCAUGAGAGAAAACAAAUUAUACUCAACCUCUACAAGAAAUUACACGAUUAGAACCAAAAUAGUCCAUCUGACUAUAAAGUGAUCGUAGUGUCAUUGUGUUGUUGUACUGAUUAGGGUUGUACGGGUUGGAAUCAUUGAAGGGAAUUAACUGUUCCUGACCCUGGCGAAGUGGGACUUAAGGCGUCUGUACCUCCUGCCCGAUGGUAGCUGUGAGAAGAUGGCAUAGCCUGGACGGUGGGGACCUUUGAUGUUGGGUGUUGCCUUCUUGACUUAGAGCCUCCUGUAGAUAUCACCGAUGGGGAGGGAUGUAUCCGACAGUGCCAACUACCUGCAGCUUCUCACAUUCCUGCACAGUUGAAUUGCCGUACUACAACAUGAUGCAGCCAUUCAGGAAACUCUUAACAGUAGAGUAUCAUCGUGCUUCGAUAACAUUGUCCAUUUUGGGCUGAAUAUUGAGUGAGUCCUCCCUGCCCCUCUUUCCCAUUCACUCAAGUGCGUGCUUGGACUGAACUUUCAAAAAGUGCCGUAAAUCUGAAAUUAAGGAAACUUCCAGACAUGGUACAGAGGACAGAAUUUCCACUCUAUAUUGUAGAAUUUACCUUCUCAAACUUUGGAUUGUUUCUCAGUUUUAGACUAAUAACAUUUAUUAGAAUAAUCGGGUAACAAUAAGACAAAAUAAUAAUAACAAGAUUAAUAAUAAGAGUAAUUAGCCACCCACUUCCCUCCAGGAAUUAAUAAAAAUAAGCUCUCUUGGGAGCAGGAAAAAAAAAGGAGAGUCAUCACAAGUUGGUGAAACUUUAUCUUUCAACACUCUUAAUCAAAAUGCUGCAGUGGGAA